AUGUCAGCACCGUAUUGGGGGCAGCUUCCUCCCCCAAAUAUCACUCGAGGGCGCAUAACUAGACGAGAAGAAGAGCAGGCUUCAAGAGCAAACAACAACCUCUCGUGUGAUACCAACAUGGCAGGCGAUCGUUGGACCAGUGAUCAUCCAUCCCAACCGAAUCCGAGACAGAACCGGUACUCGACGCAAACUGAUGCGCCUACAAUAUCGACUCAAAGUCCUUUCGCGUCCCCAAUAGCUUCGGAGUUCCGUGGCGACGGACUGGCUCCUCGCCCUUCUUCCUUCCAGCCUGGUACAUCGGAUGCCGCAUACAAUGGGGAUUACUUAGAGAAGAGAAGGCGGAGGCAGAGCCGGGAGCAGUACGAAGACCCAUCGUCAGCACCUCCGCCGGCCGCUCCGGAAGUUCCUCGAGCUCCGCCCCUCAGCUACAAGCAACCAUAUAGCAACGCUGGAGGAUCUCAAGCACUAGGGCGGUCCAGGUCAAAGAGGAGAUCAGAGGGGCCCGUAGGGAGUCGCCCCGAGAACUACGGCAUUGAGGAGGGCGCAAACGCAAACAGGCGAGAACCAAACAACGGAAAAGGAGCUGUCCCGUUUAGUGGAAGCCGGAGAAAGGGAUCCAUCUCGCAACCACGAAAAAGCUCGCUAUCUGAAGCGGAAGAGCUACGGCGCAGAGAGUGGGCACCAGAUCGGUCUCCUCUGCAGAGGCUAGAGCUGACGCUUGACAGCAUCACCAAGGAGGAGAAAAGAGCUCGGGUUGAGGAAGCAGAAGUUCUAGCGAGGGAAUCGAAAGCUAGUCGUGGUGGUGAGAGGCCGAUUCAGAACUCGGUUCGCUUCCGGAAUCGACCCGUCGCAAAGGCACCCGAGCCGAUAUCUCAACCUGAAUUGGCUCGAAAAUUGAGGACCAAGCAGAAAGAUCAGCUACAACGCAGUGGUACGGUUGAGAUAAGGACAUCUACUCGCGAUCCGACCCAUCUCCCUGCGGCAGCAGCUGCAGCGGCGGCCGGUGAUACUGGUGUAAGCCGGAGUGGAAGCAAUAAACUCAGAAAGAAGCCACCCGGAGACCUGUGGGUUGACCAGAGAUUGGAGGCCGAAGAACAAUAUCCUACAAUUGCUGCAACUCGAAAGCAAUCCUUCGAUAGCCGUCAGCAGCCUGCGACCGGGAGGCCUGCUAGAAACCAUUCGCAGAGCAUUAUAGAUAAAGAACUUCCCGUGCUACCUCGGGACGCUGCACAAAAUCCGGCGCAGGAUAAUGAAAUUAACCUGCUUGAUUUUGACUCGUUCGAGAAGACGGGCAAGCCAGUACGGAACGGAACGCUGAGCAAGCUCGAGCGAUUGACGGGUUCUUCUAAUCCGCCCGUGAGGACUGUACCUGCUGGAGAUGACAUUCGUGCGAAGCGAGUAGUGUGUAAGGUCAACGGUGGUCAAUACGAUGUUCCACCAACGGCAACCGGCCCUGCCCCUGCCCCAGCCAUAGCCCAUUCCACUGAUUACCACCAUCGCCUAUCAAAGGUUUUUCACCAAAAACACGAGAACAUCCCCGGGCAGGGUGUCUACGUUCCAUCUAGACAUUUCGACGAGUGGAAAAAGGGCGGAGUUGCUCUCUUGUCUGGAACAUUAUUGGACCUCGGUGCCAAGGAACAGACUGAGGAAGAGAAGGACAGAGCAUGGUGGGAGGCUGGAAAUGCUGGCACCCGACGACGCAGCAGUGUUAAGCAACGAAAAGCAGAAGCGUAUGACGGAGAAUAUGACGAUAACGGUAUGCAAGAACUUCAAUACCAACCUUCUUUUCCUGGAGAGUGCGAAGGAUGCGUUUCCGAGCGGGCGGCUCGAGAGAAUGCAGUCAAUCUACGCACUCAGCAAUUUGAUGGUUACCACAAGAGGACCUGGGUCAGGAGACAUGUUGUGCGGGAAGAGAAGGCAGAAUCUGCAGACGAAGAGUUGUUUGCGCCGAGAUCUCCAACCUUCCUAAGUCCUGACCAAAAUCUAUCUCAAGAAUCUCCUACCUCCUCUCUUAUUAAGCCUCAUUUGCUAACCUGUGAGGUGCGGACUGUCCGCGUUCGUCCUGAUAUAGCUCCUACAAGAUUCAAACCGCCUUUGUUCCUCAAGAGCGGACCAAUGCUACGUUAUUGUGGCUUACGCAAUGACAAGGUCAAGAGUCGUUCGAACCCAAAUAAGGUCAUGGCUGACCGUGAGAUCUGGAGAGGAUCCAUCAUGAUCGUCUCGCAAGAUCAACACUCUUCGUACGAACUUGCUCCGACGCUAAGACUCUUUCUGCAGCCGGUUGAUCUGUUGCCGCCUCCGCCUGCACAAUUCGAUGGUCGAAUCGAUGACCUUGCUCCAGAAUAUGUAGAUCCGCUUGCUGGGCUUCCCAAGCUUGGAAGGGAUGGCAGGACACUUUACAUUCGGCCCAUUGAUCAUCUGCCAGAAGUAAAGGACCUUUCCAGAGAAGAGUCUGACGAUGGGCUCUUUGAGAUGUCCAGAAGUCCCCUCGACGGCACCGCAGACCGGAAUCCCGCAUGCAAAAAAUCACACUACGAUGGCGAAAAGGCUGGGAAAUACAAAGAAGUCCGAGGGUUUCGACUGCAUGCCGAGCAUGGCAUGACUUUCUGGAGAUUCAAUAUCGAGAUUGAGCUCCGAGAAAAGCAACAGCGUAUCGCUUAUCGCAUCAAUCGAGGACCUGCGACUGGCUUUUGGGUCCCUGCUCGCGGAAAGGCGAUGAACAUUAUGUUCUCCAGCUGCAAUGGAUUUAGCCACGACGUUGACCCUAAUCUAUUCUGUGGCCCUGAUCCAAUGUGGAGGGAUGUGUUGAAUACGCAUCAAACUCAGCCGUUCCAUGUUAUGCUCGGUGGCGGCGAUCAAAUAUAUAAUGAUCGUGUCAUGGAAGAGACAGUGAUCUUCAAACAGUGGCUGGAUCUCAAGGACCGACACCACAAGGAGAAACUACCCUUCACGCCUGAACUCCAGCGUGAAUUGGAACUUUUCUACCUCAAUCGAUACAGCAUGUGGUUUUCCCAGGGCUUAUUUGGUGUAGCUGUCUCUCAGAUACCGAUGAUCAACAUCUAUGACGACCACGAUAUCAUUGAUGGAUUUGGGUCCUAUCCUAACAGCUACAUGUGCUGUCCGAUCUUUUCUGGGCUUGGAUCUGUGGCUUUCAAGUAUUAUAUGCUAUUCCAGCAUCAGAGUAGCAUUGAUGAGGGAGAGGAGACUGAGCCUAGUUGGAUUUUGGGGACGCAGCCUGGGCCGUACAUCAAAGAGCUAAGUAGGAGUAUUUUCACCACUCUCGGUCGCGAGAUCGCGUUCCUUGGUCUCGAUUGCCGCACUGAGAGGAUGUACGAUGAGAUCGUGAGUGCCGAGACGUACCAUAAGAUCUUCGACAGACUUGAGAAGGAAAUCAUCAAGGGCGAAACUAAACAUUUGAUUGUGUUGGUUGGCGUCCCCGUUGCUUACCCGAGAUUGGUUUGGUUGGAAAACAUACUUAUGGAACCAGUCAAAGCUCUGAGCAGAGCUGGUGUCUUGGGGAAGAAGCUUCUCAACCACAUGGAUGGAGGAGUUGAGAUCCUUGACGACCUUGACGAUCAUUGGACGGCGAAGCAUCACAAAGAAGAGCGAAAAUGGUUUAUUCAAGAGCUUCAGGACUUGGCCGCCAUCAAGUCCGUGCGUGUCACUCUGCUUGGGGGCGAUGUGCAUCUUGGCGCUAUCGGACAGUUUUACUCGAAUCCCCAACUUGGGAUUCCUAAAGACAAGGAUUUUCGCUACAUGCCUAAUGUCAUAUCUUCAGCAAUCGCUAACUCGCCUCCGCCGGACACCCUUGCCGAUCUCCUCAACAAGCGGAAUAAAGUGCAUCAUCUGGAUGCAGAGACUGAUGAGGACAUGAUUCCCAUCUUCACACACGAUGUAAAUGGCAAGCCACGAAAUAAUAAGCGUCUACUCAACCGGAGGAACUGGUGUUCGAUCCGCCUCUACGAUCCCGAACUCACACCUCCCCCAACCCCACAACUAUCAACAUCGGCUCGAGGCCCAAGCUACCGUCCCGACGCCACAAAACCCCCGUCCCGUGCAGGUAUUGUCGGCAAACGACAGACCACUGCACCACCAAUCUCCAACCCAGGCUUCUUCGCCCGACGUAACUCAACCUCCCGUCGGGCAUCUACGGAUUCCGGGCGGCCACCAAGCGUACUUACCAGGACCCUCUCUCUGUCCCGCAAAGACUUCAUCCCAGGUAACCUCUUCCGCCGCGACAGUAAGCGUAAGAAACCCGAUUCCGGCGGUAUAAACGGGUACGGUGCCUCCAGCGACGAGGAAGACUCGUAUUACUACGAGCCCCAGGCCCAUCGUUCCGGUCUCCGCGGUGGUAGCGGUGGUCGCAACUCCAACGACGACGAGGGAUAUUUCCCAUCUAUGCCAGCCCCUACUGCACGCGUACCAACCCAUCCAGUUUCUAAUGCGCCUACUUCUGUGGCGGGUAGUGAUGCGAAGCAAGGAUUGGAGAGGAUGAAGUUCCAUCGGACACCGUCGGGGGUGUCCGCCAAGCAGAUGAAGAAGGCGCCGCACUUGACGAGGGCUGUGAACAUUGAAGGGGGACUGGACGUCUGUUUGAAUAUGGAAGUUAAUCCAAAAGAUCCGGCGGGUAUUACGAUGCCGUAUAGACUACUGGUGCCGAGACUGUGGCAUGAGGAGCCGUUGCCUGCUGUGAGGGGUGAGAGCAGGAGUCGGGGGAGUAGCAUGGAGAGAGGGAGCAGUGAGAGUGGUAGCGAGUGGGAUGGUGAGGCACAGUUGCAGCAAAGACAGCUUGGAAAACCGAGUCGGUGGGAGAAGUUUGUGGGGAAGGGGAAUUCGAGGGAAGUUUAG